UGCACAAUGGAAGCCGUCGUAGAGGAGAAAGAGGUCACAUCGAAAACUCAAGAUCUGGACAUUCCUGACGUUCACUUAGGACAAUAUUUCCGAUCUAUCUGCGAAAGGUUCAAGGACCGGACAGCACUGAUCGACGGGAUUACAGACGAACGCUGGAGCUACGCCCAGCUUCUCGAGCUUUCGUCCCGGGUGGCAGCGGGUCUCCAGAAGCUGGGCUUCAGGCCCGGUCAACUGGCCGGCCUGCACUGCGACGCCACUCCGGACAUAGUAUUCGCCUUCUACGGGACCGUCCUGACUGGCGGCAGUAUGGUUUUCGCCAAGUCGAGUCUUACGGAAAGAGAACUCACUUAUCAGUUUGGAGACAGCCGCCCCAGCCUGGUCUUCUGCGAUGAAGCUAAUGCAGACAAGACAAAAUCCGCCUGUGCAACCAUCUCAAGUGUGGAGACUUUGGUCAUCUUCGGUGAGCGAGAAAACAUGGUAUCUUUUGCGAUGCUCAAGAACACUCCUCUGUGCGAGCUUCAGCCGGUGCCCAGUGGGGAUCCAAAGCAGCUCUUGGCACUGAUCUACUCGAGUGGCACAACUGGAUUUCCAAAAGGCGUUAUGCUAUCCAGUAAAAAUAUUGUAGCAAGCGUCUGCCUUCUGUGUGACCCCAGGCAUCGGUCAUUUGACGCGGACGACAUCCUCUUGGGAACUGCACCCCUAACGCAUGUGUCAGGGCUCACCGUAUUCAACGCCUCGAUUGCUGUUGGAGCCUGCAUGGUCUUGCUUCCGGGAUCCGAGCCUAGCAUUACUCUUCCAGCCAUCGGUAAAUACAAGGCGACUGUGAUUUCCCAAGUUCCGACGUGCAUCCAAAAGCUGGUGAAGAGUCCCCUUUUGGAGAAGUACGACGUGAGCAGUGUUCGGGUUCUCUACUUUGGUGGCAGUUCAAUGCCAUCUGUAGUCGCACGCGCCGUAAGAACGAAGCUGAAUAUCAAGACCCUACAACAAGGGUACGGAUUGACCGAAACUUGUGGAUCAAUAUCACUCACCCCUUCCAGCUCCGAAGACACUGAAAGUGUAGGGACACCUCUCGCGAUGACACGCAUGAAAGUGGUGGACGUGAACACGGGAAUAAAAUUAGGACCCCGUGAGCACGGGGAGAUAUGCGUAAAGGGACCAACUUGCGUGAGCGGAUACUUCAACAAGCCGGAAGCCUCCGGCAAGCUGUAUGACUCGGAAGGAUUUCUUCACUCUGGCGAUGUCGGUUAUUACACUGAAGAAGGAAUGUUCUACGUCGUGGACCGCAUGAAAGAGAUGAUCAAGUGCAUGGACCAGCAGGUGGCGCCUGCUGAGCUAGAAGACCUGCUCCUCAAGCACGAAGACGUCAAGGAAGUUGCAGUGGCCGGCGUUCCUCACUCGGAGUACGGCGAAGCGGCGCGGGCGUUCGUUGUUCUCUCCAAUGGCCACUCCGGGAGCGAGGCGCUCAAAACGAGGCUUUUCAAGCUCGUUGCGGAUCAAUCGGCUCCCCACAAGCAUCUGCACGGAGGGCUGGAAUUCGUGUCCAGCAUCCCCAAGUCGGAAACUGGCAAGAACCUUCGGAGAGCCUUGAGGGACACCUUUGUAAAGAAGCACGUUCAAGGACGAAUUUGACUCUUUAGUCAGCUAUUUCUCUUAUGUCACAAAUAACAUAGUCUUUGUGAUAUACUUAUGAUGGUACG